CAAUCUUUAUUGUAAUAAGAAAAAGUUUGAUUUUUGAUGAAAAUUUUAAUUAUCAGCAUUUUGUAACAGAUUUGUUAAGGGUUGAUUAAUUUUCCUCGUUGCGGUACCGGCAAAGGUGACACACGAAAUUAAAGGAGCGAGGUUGAACGCUAUUCGUCGAAAAUGGGGUUGAAACAGGGGGUGGGAGCGGUCAGGGGGUGAGAAUCUCUUGUGCUGAAAUCUAGUCACGAUAUUUACCACAUCAUUGAUCGCUUUUUGAACACCACGGCGCUCUUUUAUUUGCCGUAUUGCACCGUUUUUCUCAUUUUCUGUCAUUUACUAACAUUUCCCUAUUUCCAUGAGACAAUUUGAAGUCGGCGAAGGUCCCCGGAAAAAGGAAGUGACAUCAGGCGCAAUAUUUUAAUCCCAACGUCACAACUUAGUGUCUUCAAAAAUAUUGUUCUGACCUAAAGAAUUUAUAAUAGAAAUUGUUUAGACUUAAAAUAAAGCCAUUGGACAGUGAAUAACAACAAACAGACCUUUUUUAAAAUGCUCAACAUGUUUUCAAUGUGGCAUUUUUUGCUUUACUAUUGCACUUUCCUCAUAUUGAUCAUACCUUCAAAUGCGGACCAAGACAAUUGCAUAGACUUUCAAGGGAAAACGGUGCCUCAUGGAGUGAUCUAUGUGCCUGGGCCAAAUGUUUGUUCACAAUGUGUUUGUUACUACAGUGCACCAAUGUGGUGCAAGACAAUCUUUUGUGAUGGCCCUCCUUAUAAAAAAUGUAGCAGUUUUCUUAUCGGCGUACAUUGCUGUGAGUUUGAGUGCCUUGAUGAUUUGUCAGAAAACGAGUAUGCGGCAUUGCGUAAUCACGUAAUUUUCAAUAUUACAAGGGGGCCAAGUAAUGACAGCAACCUUAAAAGCCAGAAUUUAUCUACAAUUUUUUUAACUUCGAGUCUUUUGUUGUAUUUAGUUCCGGCUUGUUACCUCGUCUGAAUACAGUUCAUUAAACCCUCGAAACAAAAUCGCCCUAUAUCGUGUAACUUGUAUUCAUUACAGGCUUAAAUAUUUUUAUAAUGUUAAUAAAUUAAUUUAUUGUAAAUUUUAAAAUGAAUUGAGCAUAGGCCAUUUUAUCGAUUCUGUUUUUCAUUGGAAAAAUUAUAUUUAAACAUAUAAAUUUAUUUAAAUGAAAAGUUGUUUUGAGAAUGGAACCAUAUUUGCUCUUAUAUUCUUGCACAAAAAUGCUAAUAGCAAUAAUGAAACAUUUUUGAUAAUUAUUACAAAUUACUUAAUAUCAAUAAACAUAAACAAUGAACUGGAAUGAUUGAAUUGUUAUCAAAUUUAACAAGAUUAUCAACUUAAUAUCUGUUGUGACAAUAUAGUUAUUUGAAACUACCUAGCUAAACAUUUAUAGAUGACGCUCGUUAAAUUCCAGCCUAAUAAUAAAUAGGUAAAUUUAAUGAUAGUUCAUUUUUUUAUAAAGCAUACAAUUGUAAAAUAUUGUAGUUGUUAAUUAAAAUAAAUUUAUGCUUUAUCUACAACAGUAUUUCCUAUUUUUACAAAGUGAUAAUUAUAAAUUUAAACAUUAGCUAAUUAAAAAAAAACAAAAAAACAAACAAUAUAU